UGGCUUUUUCUAUAUAUGUGGUGCUGAGGAAUCGAACUCAGGACUUCAUGCAUGCUAGGCAAGCCACAUUCCCAGCCCCACUGGCCCAAGUUCUUUCUAAACUUGCUCCUCCUUUCCCUACAAGUGGGUGUUGUCCCCAGCUCUAGAACUGUUGCUCUACCUUAUGCAGCUAGGAGCCCCCUGGGGGCAUGGGGGAGUGGCAGUCCUAGGGGACGCCAGGGCUCCUGGAGGAGGAGCCCAACUGCAAGGAACAGGGAGGCGGCCCAGCCUCACCGGCUGGACAGCUGGACGGCUGAGGGGUGGGUGGACAUCUGGAGAGAGGAACUGGGCUGUGGCUGACCAGCCAGGCCUCCUCCACUGAGCUGCUCUCUGUCCAGCUCAAGUCCCGCCCCGCCUCACCUCUGACUCACUUCCUCUGCAUCAAAGCGGAAACCUCCCAGAGCUUCCUCUGCUCCGUGUUUUCCCCUGGACCUUCAGGUGUGGCUGCUGUCUUCAGGCCUCAGUGGGCUCAGAGGCCGCUGACCCACCCGUCUCCCACCCGGGGAGAAUAGCUUUUCCUGCGUCCUGAGUCACAGGCCAGCUGGCCUGGGCACGGGUGGCAGAGCUGGGGGAGCUUGACGCGCCUGCAGGGCGGGACCUGCGAGCCGAGCGCUCCGGCGCCAUGGACCGCGGCCAGCCGGCCCCAGAGCCCGCGGCGCCCCGCGCCCGGGGCCCCGGCGUGAUGGCGCCCGUGCGCGCCGUGCUCCGCCUGCGCCGCCGCGUGUGCCUCCUGCGCCAGCGGCGCCUGCGGGGGCCCGGGGCGUCCGGGCCCGGCUGCGGCCCCGCGGCCCCGCGCACCGAGCCCCGGUUCUUCACUUUCGACGGCCCGGGGGAGCCGCCGCCCUCGCGGGCCCCGCGCCGCCGGCGCCGGCGCAGCCGCCUGGUGCUCUACCCCGAGGCCUCCCGCCCGGCCCGGCCGCGCGCCGAGCGCCGGAGCCGCGCCCAGCGCUGCCUGUGGCUGCUGGUGGCCAUCGUGGGCUUCCAGGUGCUCAACGCCAUCGAGAACCUGGACGACAACGCGCUGCGCUACGACCUGGACGGGCUGGAGAAGGCGCUGCGGGGCGCCGUGUUCGGCCAGCCGGCCGCCGUGGGCCGCCUCGUGGCGCUGCUGCGGGACUACCUGGCCACGCACGCGCACGGCCGCCCGCUCCUGCUGGCGCUGCUCGGGCCCCGCGGCGUGGGCAAGAGCCUGGCGGGCCGCCUGCUGGCGCGCCACUUCCGCGCCGUGCCCGGCGGGGCGCCCGUGCUCGUGUACCACGCGCGCCACCACUGCCCCGAGCCGCGCGCCGCGCCGCGCUGCCGCCGGGACCUGGCGCGCCGCGUGGCCGACGUGGUGGCGCGGGCCGAGGCCGCGGAGCGGACGCCGCUGCUGGUGCUGGACGACGCCGAGCGGCUGCCGCCCGCGCUGCUGGACGAGCUGCACGGCCUCGUGCAGCCGCAGCGCCCGCACCGCUUCCGCAACGCCAUCUACGUGCUGCUCAGCGGCGCGGGCGCGGCCGAGGUCACGCGCUUCGCGCUGCACCAGGCCUCCCGCGCGCCGCGCAACGCCUCCCGCGCGCCGCCGCCCGGCCCCGGCCCCGGCCCCGGCCCCGGCCCCGGCCCCGCCGCGCCGGCCGAGGCGGAGCUGCGCGCCCGGCUCCGCGCGCGCCUGGCCCGCGAGCACCCGCUGUGGCACGCGGCGGCCAUCGUGCCCUUCCUGCUGCUCGACCGGCAGGAUGUGGUCAGCUGCUUCCAGGAGGAGAUGGCCGGCGAGGGCUUCUUCCCGGACCGGGCCCGCGCCGAGCGCCUCGCCGCGCAGCUCAGCUACUACCGCGUGGCCGGCCGCGAGUUCGCGGUCACGGGCUGCGAGCCCGUGGUGGCCGCCGUGAACCUGCUGUAGCCCGGGCCCGGGUCGGGGGUCGGCGCUCGUCCUCGGGGCCCCCCGGGCCAGGGAGCCCGGGAGCGG